AUGAUCAAAGGGACCAUGAUGCUGAGCAGCGCUGCUGUGCUGCUUUCUGCCACGCAGGUGUCUGCUUUUGUUCCAGUUCUUGACAAGAGACAGUACUUCCCCGCCAAUGCUACUGAUCUCAAGACCAUCACCGUGAGUGCUUCACAAGACUGUUCGUUGAUGUUUACUGACUCUUGUCAUAGNACUCCUACCAAUGUGACUAUUCGCUACAAGGAGCCUGGCAAGGCCGGCAUUUGCGAGACUACUCCUGGUGUGAAUUCAUACUCUGGAUAUAUCGAUCUCGCUCCUGAUAUGCACACCUUCUUCUGGUUCUUCGAGUCCAGGAAUGAUCCUGCAAACGACCCCAUCACGCUGUGGCUCAAUGGUGGUCCAGGUUCUGACUCUUUGAUUGGAUUGUUCCAAGAACUUGGUCCUUGCAAUGUCACUGCCAACUACACUACUCAGGUCAACCCUUACAGUUGGAACGAGGUAUCUAACAUGCUGUUCCUAUCUCAGCCGUUCGGAGUCGGUUUCAGUUACCAGGAGGAAGAGAAGGGGUCUCUGAACCCUGUCACUGGUUCUUUCGAGACUCCAGCAGAAGCCAAUGCUACUGGCAUCUACCCUGUUAUCAACGCCACUGAGAUUGAUACCACUGAUCUUGCAGCUGUGGCAGCUUGGCACGUUCUGCAAGGAUUCCUUGGUGCGUUGCCUCAGCUCGAUGCUGAGAUUGGCAGCAACAAGGAGUUCAACCUCUGGACUGAGAGUUAUGGCGGCCAUUACGGUAUGCUUUUCCAGUCCCACGCUCCAGCUUUGUUGUCUGACAUGAUUUGCAUAUANGGACCAUCGUUCUUCAACUACUUCAAUGACCAAAACAAGCUUAUCUCCAAUGGAACUAUCCCUGGUGUCAAGCUUGACUUCAACACUCUCGGUAUUGGAAACGGAAUUAUCGAUGAGAUGAUUCAAGCCCCUCACUACCCUGAAUUUGCCGUCAACAACACAUAUGGCAUCAAGGCAGUCAACGAUACUGUCUACAACUACAUGAAGUUUGCAUUGAACAUGCGCGGCGGAUGCCUCGACUUGGUCGAUUCCUGCCGCCAAGCCAGAGAGACCGGUCAAGACAACCUUGCCACCAAAACAGUUUGCUCCGAAGCCCAAGACAUGUGCAGAGAUAACGUCGAAGGUCCUUACUACAGCUACUCUGGACGUGGAACCUACGAUAUCAGACACCCAAGCCGGGACCCCACNCCUCCCGAGUACUUUGCCGAUUUCUUGAACAUUGCCGAAGUGCAGAAUGCUCUUGGCGUUAGCCUCAACUACACCGAGUCCAACGACGACAUUUACUAUGCAUUCCAGGCCACGGGCGACUUUGUCUACAACAGCUUCCUCAAAGAUCUUGAGGGGCUGCUUGCCCAGGCNGACGCCGACUACAUCUGCAACUGGUUCGGCGGCCAAGCCAUCUCCCUCGCUGUCAACUACACCAACAGCGCCGAGUUCGCCGCCGCGGGCUACGAGCCCUUCACCGUCGACGGCACCGAGUACGGCGAAGUGCGCCAAUAUGGCAAUUUCAGUUUCCUGCGCAUCUACGAGGCUGGCCACGAGGUUCCCUACUAUCAACCUCAGGGUGCUUUGGCUUUGUUUAACCGCACCAUUAACCACUGGAAUAUUGCUGAUGGCACGGAGAAGGUGACUGCGAAUUUGACUAGUGUUGGUGGGCCUAAUGCUACGCACACGGAGUCGUUUGUGGCGUUGCCGCCUACGUCGAGUGCUAGUGUUGCUGUUUACUCGUCUGGUGCUGGUCGUGCUGUGCCUCGAUUCUGGGAAUGA